UUCAAAAAAGAGCUUAGGACGGUCAAAGUUGUCAUGGAUUAUUCUUAAUCAGACAGUACCAAAGAUCGGCCAAGGCAUGGCCACUUUAUGUAGGCUUAAAGUUAAGCCUAAUGCUGCGUAAUUCAUCUUUAAAAAACAUUAAACUUGAAAACAAGGCUGAGGUUAUCCAAGAAGGUAUAAUUUUAACAGAGUUUGGAGGUCUGUAAUCUCUGACAUUUCUUGUAUUUUAGGAUUGCAAGAUGACAAUAGUAGGUCUAAAUCCCCUGUUCCUCUUGUCUCUGACAUUUCUCCUCAUGAUGGGCAUACAAGCAAUGGAGGUGAAGAAAACCCAGCUGCAGUUUUACAUGCAUGACAUUGUCAAAGCUAGAAAUGCCACAGCAGUGAAAGUAACACCAGGUUUACCAGCAGCAUUUGGGAUGAUAUAUGUUAUGGAUGAUCCUCUGACAGAAGGCCCCCAACACAACUCAAGAGCAGUGGGUAGAGCUACAGGAAUGUAUUUAUCUGAUUCUCUGAAAGAUGUCAGUGUGUUGAUGGUCUUUACAGUUGUUUUUGGAGAGGGUAUGUACAAUGGAAGUACUCUGAGUUUCCAAGGCCAGGACAGUGUGUUCUUAAAACAAAGGGAGUUAUCUGUUGUUGGAGGAACUGGGUUUUUUAGGUUUGUUACAGGUCAUGCUAUAAUGGAGACCCAUUACUCCAAAGGACUCAAUGCUGUACUCAGGUUCAAUAUCACUGUUGUUCACUGAUCAUUUCAGAUCAAGGACAUGGAAUCUGUAUGCAUGUCUAUAAUAUUAAUGUAUAUGAUUAGGGUUUCUUCUGUUUUACCAUCUAGGUCUUCUAAGUCAAGAACCAAUGUAUAUGUAACUUAUGAAUGGCUUUUGCAAUGAAUGAAGAUAUUUAGCUGAUUAUCGAA